AAUGUCAAUUCGUACAGCAGUGUACCUCUCCGUUUAUUAAUGUUCCUCAUGAAGUACACAACGUAGUUCGCAUUUAUUGCAAAGUUUUAUAAAUUCUACAUGGUAUCUUCAUAAAAGCAUAGAGGAAUAUAUGAUUUUCCCUACGCGGAAUGUAUACGCCUUAUAGACCGAAAUCGUUAAACGCUAAUGCAACAGCUGGUGUGAGUCAAAAUUAUUCGCAAACUGGAAAACCUUUUCAAAACCCAAAUAUGCCCUUUCUAUGAGCAUAUGAUGUGAGGACGGUGUAAUUUACUAUCAAGAGAACAUAUUUUUGUGCAUGUUUUCUAUAAAAUAUAUUUGAAUUUUUAAGUCCAUCGAAAACCAAUGAGAAAAUGCGUGCAAAUUAAGUAGUUACUCACUACUUAGUGCAGUUUUUACAGGGGUCACAAAGAGGUGCAUUCACAAGUCAACAUCACGGCGAGCCCAAGAAAUUAUGGGAUUAGACCGCAUGAUAAGAAAUAUUACAACCCCACCUAAGUUAUCCUUCCUAAUCGAAAACGCAUUUCUGAAUUUCGGCCAAUAUUUCAUGAGACCGGUCUCAGACUGUAGUCAUCGAAGUAUGAAAUGUUUGGCACUAUCAGCAGGCUAAAUGUCUGGUGCGACUGUGCCGCUGACUGGUGUCAAUUUAUUUGGCGAACACUAAGCAAUUAUGUAGUGGCCGGUCUUUCUAGGCCGAAAGCCCGCCAGGCUCGAUCCCCGGUCGAGGUGUUUACAACAGAAAACCCAUGAGGAUCCCCGAAGGGCCGAGUCCUUUGCAGUUAUGUCAUGUGGCGGCAUAAAAUUGACGAAAAACAUGUCUGGGCCUUGGGUUUGUCUUCAAAAUAUACGUAUGUGUUAUGAUAGUGGGCGCUCACCGAUCAGGUUACGGAACAUGCUCGUUCCGUUGUGCCCUGGGGCUCAUACUAGAACCCUCGCAGGCAGUCGCACAGCGACUAGUAGUAGAUAUAGAUGAGAUGGUACCGAUGGUACCGGGUUCGAAUCUCAAGUGAUCCACACUUGGGGUUGGGUAUGACUGGCUGAUGACGGCUAAUAAGCCAGAAAUGGCCAUUCCGGUCUCCCUUGUCUUUGUCGGUACCAUCUCAUCUAUACGUAUGUGUAUAUUUAUGGUAAAUGGGCGCUCACCGGUCGGGUUACGGAACUUGCUCGUCCCUUUGUGCCUUGUGGCCCAAACAAAACCCUCACAGGCAAUCUCAGUAAUAGAGGCACAUCAGGUGGUAGUUUGAGCCCCAGGGCACAAUGAUACGAGCACGCUCCGCAACCCGACCGGUGACCAUCCGUUUGCUCCAUCAAAACCGAUAGGACAACAGGGCCGUGACUCAAUGGUAGAUUGUCACACUCAGUGAACAAAGAUCCCGGUUUCGAAUUUCAGCUGAUCCACGUUUGGGAUGGGGGUAUGACUGGGUGAUGAUAUCUAAUAAUCCAGAAAUGGCCUUUGCGGUCUCCCUUGUCUUUGUUAGCACUACCAUCUAUACAUGUAUACUACUUAAGUGGCAUCCCCCCAAGUCACCGAUAAGUGGGAAAAUUAGCAGCCGAACUCCGGCAUGUUAGGUAGCGUAGAAGUCCACUUAGGUGAUUUUUUUAAAUGUAGAAGUAUAUUUGUCGAUUUCGGUCCAUGUUUGACGUGUUUAGGCGCCUAGCGUAUUACCGUCCGACCCCCCCUCUCCGCCCUGCCGCCCAUCUCACCUUCGGUGUAUUGUUUCAUUAUUCUUGUCUGCUAAUGCAUUUUAGAGCUCUCAGACAACGAUUCGUUGCCUCCUCUUUAUUACCGUGCGUCUCCUCACCUGGCUGUCCGAUCUCGUCUUCACCGUCUCCGAAUUCCUUCAUUCGGCUGAAUGCAAUGCUUUGGAACUGAAGUCACUCCUUCUUCCUCCACUCUUCGUCCUUUCUCUCUGGCUGAAAGAGCAGCAUACUUCCCUAGGUAGACUGCCGUUUAAAUACCACUGUACUAACAUUUAUGCCUGCAGCUUGAAUGGAUAUAGCUCACUUUAGGAGAAACCUCAUUGGUUUACUUAAAAAAACACUCAAUUUAGCACGUUUCUGGCCAUAAUUAACGGAGUUUUUGAGACUGGAGGAGGCAGAAUUGUCUCCUUAUUCGAUGCUGUUCGAAGGGUUUUCACAAUCCUCCGAAAUUAUCUGUAGACCAGACGCGACAUCUCCAUCACCACAAGGGUCCGGACGCCCGUUGGAUUAGUCGUCUGUAGGGUAAGGGAUACGAUGUAGGCCCCUAAGUAUCUGCGGCAUACACAAAAUGCCUACUGUGUUUGUUUAAGUAGGUCGUAUGUUAUUCACCAAUUUCAGACGUCUGUCACUGACGUUACGUUUCACCCUCUCUGUGGUUGUGAAUAAUGGGCUGUGAGCGUGGAAGAUGAACGAAAACUGGAGGUGUUUAACCACUACUGCUGCUCGAGGACCAUCCUUCAAGUGAAGUACAAUGACUUCGUCUCAAAUGAGGCAGUCCGCACUUGCGAUAUAACACUGCGGAGUUAUCUCUGGCCGUCGAAGAAGGACUAGAUCACGGAGGAUGUCGGCUUUAGCAAAUACUAGCUACCUUGAUUUAGCGCAACGUCCGCGUCCACAGACGUUUUACUGUCUUGCAGUGUGCAUUUGGAACCUUACAAGUCCUCUUCGAAGUCGGGUAUAGCUGUAUCACUGGAUGCUGGAGUUGUUCUCAGCACGAAGAUACUUUCACCUGCCUUUGUAGAGACCAUACCCUCUCUACAGAAGGAAAUUUUUUCGCGAAUUUUUGCAUCCGGGCUCCGAUAGAGAUGAACGGAUGUUUCACCUGUCGCCUUAUCCUUGGAAUUUAUGUUUUAAGACUGAAACCUCUCCUUCAAGUUGGCGUGCCCACCCUACUGAGUUCGUGACGUUAUUGGUUGACCUCAGCGACGCCUAUGAGUGCUGCUGCUCUCUCUCUCUCUCUCUCUCUCGCUCUCCUGAACAUUCAAUACAUCUCGCCAAGGCCGACACAGGAAGGCCGAUCUCUGACCCAUAACUGACUGACCUUGAUGUAUGCCCCUCAUGGUAAUAUACAUAAACGCUUUAUUCACCCUUUGCUGGGAGUUAUUGAGACAGUGACCUUGGGAGGUCUAAUCCGUCAGUGCUGGGGUCCUACAUGGAGGUCGAUCGUAGCAUCGACAUCCCCGUUUUUCCUUGCGUCGUUGGGUAGCAAUUGCGGAUUGAAUAUUAAUUUUUAUCGGAGAUAGACCCGCCGCAGAUCAUUUUUUACAACUCGCCUUCCCGAUUAACCCCCCCUCACCGGUUCCUUUUUUUUCAGGACCGUCCAAGUUCUCCGAUGUUGACUUUUUGGAGUACGCACCACCGGUGGGAGAGUCGGUGAUCGAACUGCUCAACACCCUUUCGGGCUUAUUGGAUUCACAUUCACAGCCUCGGGAUUCCAACUUGGAAGUGCAACCAAGGGACGAGCAAUUGCUUCUGCUUCCAGAAGUGUUUGCCCUACGUGUAAGAACACGACAGAAUUAUAUCCUGUUACGAAGUCUUGAAAUUCCAAAGCUAGCAGUGGUGCUGGUAAAUGGUUUUGGCAUUGCGCAAUGCGAUCAUAAGCUGGCCAGGUGGCUGGGUAUGGCUGACUGAUGACGGCUGAAAGGUCAGAAGUGACCAUUCCAGUUUCCCUGGGCUUUGCCAGCAAUGCUGUUGUGCUCCUUUGCGCUGUUUUUGCUUGACGUAGUCAUUCCUGACAGCAGAAACCAACAAAUCAAAACGCAACUAGGGAAUGAGGUCGCAUUGUCGGUUCGUGCAGUGAUUUAUGCCAUGAGGGCUGGCGGUUAUGUGUGCGACGUCUCUUGGCAACGCGGGAAUAGGACCCCCCACAUCCCGGCGGCUUUGCGCUAACUUCCAGAGAGAUUAGAGUUGGCGUUAAGGUUAGAGUUGGAGCCAAGUCUAGUUUUAGGGUUAGGGCACGGGAUUACUUACCCCUCCUGAAACUUUUCGCAAGGUCACUUAUUCCCGCAUAUCUUCCGUCUCUUGCUGUCAUGCACUGCAUUUCGUGCGUGACGUUUUUUAUUGGAUUGAAAGGGGUGUAUAUCGGUCUGCGACAUUCAAUCCCUUAGACCGAUGAUGUGAUCUCCCUGGACUAAGUUGUUUGGAACAAACGCCAUUAUGCGAAGCACAUUCGACGACGUAAGUACAGUAGGUGUGCCAACUCAUGAAAUGUCAACCAAAUUUUCGAAAUGCGUUCUCGUUUCGAGAAGAUAAAUUAAGUAAUGUUGUAAAACUGAUCAUGGUGCAGCAUAAAUCUUUAAUGAUCCAGUUACCUCAGGGUGUCGGCUUUCGAAAGAACUUAUUUACGGCUGCAUGCAAAAUCUCUACUAUGCAAAAAUUGACUACUUAAGUAGUAUGACAACUUCUCGUUGAUUUUCGAUGCCCUUGAAAAUUCAAUUAUAUUUCAUGGAAAACAUGCAUAAAAGUAUUCAUUUUUUACUUAUUCGGUAGAAAAUCAUGUCUUCUUCCAAUUUCGUACUCAAAAGAAGAGAAUAAUUCGGUUUUAAAAAAGUUUCGAAUUGUGAGAUUUGUUAAUACCGUUAAAUGGCCGUUCAUGAUACGUCAUGUAUCUGCAUUUACGAAUGUGGCUUGUAAAGUUAACAAUAUUGCUCAAAUCCACUGCUUAAUUUUAUGAAUCUCAUAUGGUCUCCUCUUAACACCCUAGAGAAAUGCAUGGUUUUCCGCACACGGAAAAUAUACAGCUUGUAGUUUUGAAACCUUGAAUGCAAGUGUAACAGCAGGUCGCUUUCGAAAUUAUUCGGGAAUUAGAAAAGUUUUUAAACCGAAUUAUACUCUUGUUUUGAGUAAGAACUCGUAAGAAGGCGGAAUUUUCUACCGAAUAGGUAAAAGAAUGAACAUUUUUAUGCAUGGCUUCCAUGCAAUAGAAUUGAAUUUCCAAGGGCAUCGAAAAUCAAUGAGAAAAUUGCAUGCUACUUAAGCAGUAAUUUUUUGCAGAGUAUAGAUCUUGCAUGCAGCCGUAAAUAAGUUCUUUCGAAAGCCGACACCCUGAGGUAACUGACUCAUUAUAGAUUUAUGCUGCAUCAUGAUUAGUUUUACAAUACUACUUAAUUUAUCUUUUUGAAACGAGAACGCAUUUCGAAAUUUCGGUUGGCAUUUCAUGAGUUAGCACAUCUACUGUAAGAGAUCCCCUUUCGCAAAUUUUGCCGGGCUUGCUUGGUUUAACCUGAAGUUCAUGCUUCUACAACUUCGUCGAAAAAUAUUUUGUCAACAACAGCCGUCUUCCGCCCAGACCAGACUAUUUGGAGUUUACUUCGAUUCAUUAUCAUGGGGCGAGGGUGGGGGGAGGGGGAGGAUCGUUCACCAAUCGGAUUUACGGGACAUACUUGCGUCUUGAGGUUGAGUGACCAAAAAUAUAUACAGGAAGAAAUACCGACAAAAGCGAAAGGGACUAGGAUAGGCCGUCAUCAGCGAGCCAGCCAUGCCUGAACUCGCUCAUGCAUGUCGGUAUGCCGUCUGUAUUUUAGGGAAAUGAUGACUCAUUUUUCCAUUUCCAAAACCCCCCUAUCCUUGUUGCAUUUAGGGUUUCACCCCUCUGGGUUUGCCCUCAGUCAAAGUGGAUCCCUCAACUACUCUGGAGGAAUUACAUCCCGAACGCCUGCUAGACUUCUCCGCGCCGAUGCCGGCACCUCUGCUGCUUCUGCGAGCUAGGCUUGUUCUUCAGAAUUUCCGGUUUGUCCGCUUUGUUUUUUUCCCGCUCGUGUUUGCCGAAUCUCAGGCGACAUGGACCUCUUUUUUACUGAUACCCUCUUGCCUCGGAGACCGGCGGCCUCGAUAAACUUGUCUGUCGGAGCCGAAGUGGAACGACCAAUCAGCAAGUCUGCCCCUUGCCGAUUACAGGCACUUUUCGUUUUCUGUCGGACUGCCCUGUGACUAAGGUCUGGCCUUACGUCCCUCGGCGCAAUUCAGGAUGAUGGCCUGCUUGCCAUGAGAGAACCUGCUCGUUAUAUUUCGCUACAGUGCCAUUCUUGUCUCCCAAGGGUAGCUAAACCGCUGUGGUCACGACUUCUCUGGAGUGGCUUGGGAAGCUGUUUUAAAAGCCAGUACGCACGAACCGAUUUCUGCAUAUGUCGUUGUGAGCCCAUCCUAUCAAUUUUUCGUAGAUGAGGACACAUUUAAGGCAGGCACAUUUAAGUCCCAGGAAGUAGUCUUUAAGAAGGAGAAACGAUCGCUGGGACAAGAGCUUUAUUAGCCUGACGUUUCGGAUUCCUGCUCGAACUCAAAGCAGAUACGGGUGGUUCAUGCACAUGGGGCUGCAGUAUUUAUAGGAUGCAGUCGUCAUGCUACUGCAUACCUAUGAAUAUUCACGGCUCCCCCCUUCAUCCGGGAUCGUUGCACUUUGUGUGUUAAUUGUUUGAUGGCCGACAUUCGCGUCGUUAAUUGCUUCAAUCUCAUCACGUGCGUUGGAUGUUGGUGUGGUGAUUGAUCGACCGUCUGACACACUGACCCCGGUGUUGGGAAAAGUGUUCAUCUGUGCGUUUCCCGCGUGGCUAAUUACUCCGCCUAGGCGAAGUCUCAGCACCGAGUAUGGAAGACGAGGUUCAUUGCACUUGUAAAUUGACUGGGGCCAGUAAACCAUGAUUCCAGUAGCUCCCGGCUCACACGGUUUUCACUUCUUGCGAGAAUUUCGACCUUUUCGAAUUUGAAUGUGUGGCCGGAUCUCGUCGAAUGAGCCGCAACUUGAGAGCUGGCGUCACCUCUCCGCACCGCUGCAGCGUGUUCAUCCAUUCGCGUUCGGAGCUGUCUUCCGGGAGCUACUUGAAUAUGUUUUACUGACCCCUAGUCCAUUAUCAAGUGCAAUGACCUUCGGCUACCAUACUCGGUGCUGAGACUUGGCCUAGGCGGAGUAAUUGGUCACCCGGGGAGCACGCAGGCGAACACUGCUCCCAACACCAUGGUCGGUACGUCACAUGGUCGAGCAGUCAUCACACCAACAUCCAACGCACGUGAUGAGAUUGCAGUAAUUAACGACGCGAAUGUCGGCCAUCAAACAAUUAGCACACCAAGUGCGACGAUGCAGGAUGAAGGGGGGAGUCGUGAAUUUGUACUUCUAUACCAUGAAUUUUUCCCAUUAUUUUUCGAUGCCCUUAUAAAUUCAAGUACAUUUCAUAGAAAACAUGCACAAAAACAUUCGUUCUUUUACUCAUUCGGCAGAAAAUUACGUCUUCUUCAAAUUUCAUACUCUAAGGAAAGGCAUAAUUCGGUUUUAAAAAACCUUUCCCAUUCUCGAAUAAUUUUGAACCAGACCUGCCGUUACACUUGCAUUCGGCGUUUCGAAACUACUAUCUGUAUAUUUUCCGUGUACAGGAAAUCGUACAUUUCUAUACUCUAUUGGGAGGAGACUUUGUAGGAUUCAGUACAUUUAGCAGUGGAUUUGAGCCAUAUUGUAAACUAUACAAGCUACAGUAAAUGCAGAGACACGAUGUUUAUGAACGGGGACUUGACGGUCUUAAAAAUCUCGUAGUUAGUGAUUUUUUAAAACUGAAUCACACUCCUUUUAUAAGUACAAAAUUUAAAAAAGAUAUGAUUCUCUACCAAACGAGUAAAAGAGUAAAUAUUUUUGUGCAUUUUUUCUACAAAACAUAAUUGAAUUUAUCAGGGCAUCGAAACUCAAUUAGAAAAAUUCAUACUACUUAAGUCUCCAUUUUUACAGAGUGCCGUUCUUGCUGGCGGCUGGGAAGAAGUUCGUUUAAAAGCCGGCAUCGCAAUGCAACUGAAUGAUUACACUGCAAGCCGAUUAACAUAAUGCUACUUAAGCAGUAUUUUCGAGUCGAAAACACAUUUCAGAAUUUCGGUUAACAUUUCAUGAGUUAGCACACCUACUGUGUAUGACGAUCUACCACUUUGAAGUCUCGCCAGGGGCGAUAAGAGGUAGCCCAGGACUGAGGUAAAUUUUGUGAAGUUGCGUUGUGCAGAGAUGCGUGGCACUAAUGCGGCAGUGAGUAGACUUGUUUCGAGCGUUUUUUUACGAACGAUGAGACGGUACGCGUCUGAGGAUCGAGCGCCGUUGAAAACUCCAUAUUUCUCCGAGUUUUUAGACGUUUUUUUUCGGUCCAUCCUCCAGUCUAUGCGAAAAGCAUCAAAACCUACGUUUGGGUGGUAGGAAUUAGCUGGGCAGCCGCCCCUUACGCCUCCGCAACCGGCUGUGAUGAUCUUUAUGACAGUCAUUGGUCAUGACUCUGAACCUGUUUCUGUCGGCCUGUCAUCUUAGUGCUUGGUAGGGGGGACGCAGUUCGACACGCCUGUUUCCCUUUUCUCGCGUUCCGAUCACUUUGCGCACGUGCAGUCGUGCGCCCGCCCGCCUUGUCGGCGAAGUCGGAGGUGUGGACUUGCUUUGGACUGUGUAACUCCACAUUUCCCAUUCCUCGAACGGCUCCCUCGAGAGCCCAUCCGCAGACCAUAAUAAGCAAAACAUACUUCUGGGUGCUCGUAUAUUCCUCCACAGUAUUCGCUCGGCGUCUGUCUGUGACUUAUUCCAAAGACAGCCAGUCUCUACAUCUUCCCUUCUCCCGGACGUUUUCUCGCAUUCGCGUGUGUUUGUCAACUUAACCUGCCAGGGUUUGGAAACCGAGGGCCUCUUCGAUCUUAUAUCUUGUUUUGCAUUUGUCACAGACUUUUCUGACCUUUGUGAGCUCAACGAUAAUUGCUUUCUUGCUCGUCCUUCUCAUGCAUUCACCUCCUCCACCUCUCCUUCCGUGCAUUUAAAGCUGGCUGGCGGUGGAAUUUCCCAGUCUCCUGUCUUGGCGCGAUACAGACUCUGCCCUUGGCGGCACCUUUGAGGCGGUACACAGGGAGACCGUUAACCUGCCCACAGUCCUCGCCGAGGAAGUUCUCGAUGAUCACGAUGAGGUAUGUCCCUCCUCAGAAGUCGCUUCAUCCACCACGAAUACUGUCACUGCUCAACCCCCCGCUCCGACUCUUGAGACGAACGACCACGAGGCGGUGCCAGAGACUGUGGAGACAAAACCGCUCUCGACCGAUGCCCCUGCCCGCACUCUAGAAGACGCGGCUCCUCCACAGGUGGAUGAUAUGCUUCCUGCCCUGGAGGUGAUGAAACUCUCUGGCCAACCUGAUGCGGAUAUUGAGGUAGGUAUCCCAAGGAUCUCGAGUACCGCCCAUGCGGAAUGAAACCUUUUCAUCCUACAGGUUCUGGCAGGAUGCCUUUCCGAUUGAACUCUGCGUUCAUUGUGCUUGUAAAGAUGUUACUACUCCAAUAAGUGGAGCCCACAAUGGGCUGCUCCGCAAGUUCGCUGAAGGUCGAACUGACUCACAGCGCGUGAUCGUUGGGCUGCUCCGCGUCCAGUCGAGUCCAUAACUACGACCGUGCAUGCAUGUGUUGGCUUGCCUUAGACGUAGGCUUUACGCCACGUCGGUCAUUGCGCCCAACCUCGUUUCACCUGAUCGGAUAGCUUGGCCAUUCCCUGGACUGAAACUUAGGCUUAGUACCUCUCACCCACGUGAGCUCCGAGCUGCCCUCACAGAGGUCUGGUACAUGUACAGGGGAUCGGGUUGUGUGUGGCCCGUGUAGACUGCCGCUUAGCUCUGCCGGCCACUGCUUUCGCGCUAACCCCCGGUCGCCUUGGCGUUGCCUCGCCAUCGGGGCAAGGUGGAUGAGGGAGGAGUUAGUGCGAUAGGUGCUGAGCAAGCCCGUUCCACAAUAUGCUAAUUUACGCGCAGAUCAUCUGGUGUUGAGCCCACGCCUCGAGGCACGCCCUGGACGUCGUCGCUUGCGACCUUCUGACGGUGGAGCGCAUUCUAUAAAGGUGAAUGGAAUUAUGUUCGAAUCGGAUUAUUUAGGUCUAACACUCUCUAGGUUUGAAAGGCGUUUUAAAACUGAAGUAGAGUAAGAGGCUUCUGCAUUUUGACUUUUUCUCGCGAACUCCUGCUUCUUUACAACCACGCAUUGCCCCCUCUUUCUUCUUUACUAGCAGUCAACAAGUCAAUUUCUGGGUGGUUAUACUAAUAAACUUGAAUCUGACUUCGCACAUCGUCCUCAGCAAGGGGACGAGUCCCUGCCUGGGUGCUGGCAAUCGGUGUAUGUUCAGUUGUAACUUUAAAACGGGUUAGAAUAAUAAUCUUGACUACUUAACGUAAGUAAGUAGCGUGUAUUGGGAAGGUAUUUUUAUACUUCACAUUUAAUUAACUGUGCAUCCGUCGAGGGUGCUUAGGCUCCCCGUAGACUGCAAUUUAUAUAUUUCCGUAGAUUUUAACUUACCCAUCUCCUCCAUCCCUACCGCUCCUAGACCGCCUCUUCUGAAGUCUCUAACCCUCCAGCUGCAGAGCCUGAACCACCUUCAACUCCGCCACCACGACCGCCGUCCGCGCUCUUGGCCCCAGUUGAAGACGCGACUCACCCAGAAGGCGAGUCCACAGUAGAAUGCACAUCUGACGUCCUCAAUCAGCCGGAUGCUGUCGAAGAACCGACUGAGCAUCAGGCAGCCCCAAAAACCAGCAACGACGUUGACGUCGCCGCGACCACUGCCAUCACCGAACAUGCUAGGGGCUUCUGCAGCGGUGGCCUUAUUGUCAACGCCGAAUUGGCGCGAUUUAUCCAGGAACAGGCCAGCCAGGCAAGGGUUUGCUUCUAGGCGUUUUCUGUGUCCGACAGUUUGAUUUUACUCGUAAAUUCUUGGUUCAAUUCGUGUGUUCGAGUUUUUACAAAUCAGAUUGUGCCCGAAUCAUGCUCCACAAUAUCCCCUGUGGACUUGACACACUACCUGCCUGGUUCGUCAUCAGGGAGGAGAACUUCCAGUAAAAACAAGACCUAUAUUGGCCGUUCUUUCUUCUCUAGGACUAGGACUUGAUCCUCGGUACAUGACACAGAUGCCGAUGACGCAUCCAUGAGCAGUCUAAUCCGUGCUUUGAUCGCGCCUAUCUGAAAUAGUUUUUUACCGGAUUUAAUUUGACCAACUUUCCACACCUUAACUCAGAGUUCAUCUGACGACCUUUGUCCAUCGGAGCUCAAAUUACGCGAAAAUGAUCACAUGCUGUUGCCUUCAAGGGCGGCCAUCUGUUCUGUGUCUGUUACGCAUAGGCACGGCAUUUUACACUCGCACGAACCGUUGUCUCCAUUUCGCAUUAGUUUUCAGCUCCUAAGCUCUGCAUCUUAACUUGGCGCGCUACAUUCUACUUCACUACGCUUUUCCGUACUCCAACUUGUCUGUCCCGAGUGUUGUGCUAUUUCCGACGACGGGCUGCGUUGCAGACGCGCUGAACCAAAGCGGGACCAACUUGGCUCACGAAACGCGUUAAUCAGGUCGCGCUGAUUCCGUAUGAGGCCACAACUGCUGCAGUAUAGGCGUGUGGUACGUCCUAGACGCAGGUGUUCUCGCUGUGUUAGCCGUUGCGCCCGACAGCAUCAGUUUGAAUGAAUGAUGGGGGAAUGGUAGGGUAAUGAUCGAGGGGGCCCACAUUAGGAAAUCCAUCCCCACGGCACAUGAGCUCCUUCCUCACAUUAAGAACUCUGGUGCCCUUAAAUGUAUCGGAAAGCGACAAGAGUCGUGGUCUAGAAGGCUGCCAACUGAUGGGAUAACGCAGUUCUUCUCAAGACGGUGAGUCAGGCUGCAGUGUCUCCUCAAGGUGGCCUUCAUGACAUUCUCCCUCACGUGAAAUCCCAAUUCCUCCGCAGCAGCCUAGUGACCUGGAGCGAGUGCGUGGCACGCGUAGACGGGCUAUUUAGCUUUGUCAUACACUGCGCCCGAACCCACCUCUGAAUGUCUUGGCAUAGCCGUCGGAUCAAUGCGGGUGAGGAAAGAGAGUGCGCCUUAUUAUAAACAAAUUUACACCCAAGCCACCGGUGCUGCCUUUGCUCCGUAUGGGCAGGCGAUUUACGUCGCUUGCGACGUCCCAACUAUUGUAUAUCGCUUUACGUCUGACUCUUUGCUCAAGCUGUUAAUUAGGGUAGAUUGCCAACUCGCUCAUCCCCUCGGGUGAUUUGGAUGUAGCGCCGUACUUUUAAGUUUAGCAAAUGCAGACUUGCUAUCUUGCAAAUUUUGACUAUGUGGGUCAAUUCUCAGUAUUCUGGGCAUUCAGAUAUGCUGGUCUGCAUCCGCUUGCUCACAAGUUCCGCCCCCCCCCCCGGUUGGCCCAAACUAUGUGAGCUAGAAUGAGGGAACUUUUUCAGUGUCUAUCAGUAGCAUUGUGUUACCUCCCACGUUUUUUUGUUCAGGUUGCCGCCCGUCAGAGUAGCCAGCUGACUUCGUCGGUGACUCAAUUCCCUGCAGACAAAUCCUCCGUCAACACAGGUCAACGAUCAGAUAGUGGCACCUCCUCGCACCUCUCCUCACGGGCUCUUUUCCGCAAAAAUUUGCCUCCGCGCUUCCUUCGUCGUCUACACGCUGAGCAACAGGAGCGGGAGAUGAAGGAGAACUCUGUGGUGAGUGUCUUUUCUCCGUUGGGAGAGUGGCGGCCAUCAGGGUUAAGUAGCAAUGACCCUCCGGUCCCACCUGGGAUCCGUUUAAGCAUCUUACGCCAGGCAUCUGGGAGGGGAGGAGGAGGUAGGGGAUCUGUGUUGGGACGGUUUUAUUCCCUGUCUGACUUCCGCAGUCGUCUGGUUUUCUGUUCCCCCCUUCCCCAAAGGCUCUAGCGCACAAGAUCGCGGAGUUAACGUGACGCAGCCAAGGUCGCCCCCCUUCUACUCCUAGUUACGCGAUGUUCCUGUCGUUAGCUUUCUACACUACUGAUUGCGACUAUCCCCCGAGGCCUCGGGCUGCUGCUUCGAGACAAAGCUGAGAGUGUUCCAUCCUGUAGUUGUGAAUCCAAGUGCACCUGGUCGCGGCCGGUCGGACUGUUUAGUCCAUGGUUUAAGGGGCGACGCUGGUCUCGAUUGAUUUACUACCCACAGGAACCAGGUCCAACCAUCUUUUCGCCCGGUUUUAUGGCCGGCCGAGGUGAGAAGAUAAGCCAGAAGCGGUCGUUCAAGUCCUCACUUGGCCUGGCGCUGGACUGUUGUUGGUUGGCUAUUUCAUCAGAUUGGCGGGCGCACGUGUGCCAGAGAUGACAAACUGCUCAAAACCCCGGGCAAAUGAUGAUCUUGUUUCAGUAGACUCCCUCCUUCGGCCUCGAAAUGACACCAUGGAACCCUCCCAUUUGUUGAAAUUAUAACAUGACUUUCACAUGACUGUGUCUGAUCGAUAUGCGUCCGCCCACGCUUUUCCCAACGAGCCUGUCACAGUGCCUCUCCGUUUAGAGGACUGACUUCUUAUAGAAUUGGUUCUGCAUCUUUGUAUACCUCCGUUAGCCGGUAUUAUCAUCGAAUUUAAGGAAGUCUUUAAUGGGAACAGUCACUUCUGCGUACGCCAGGGGCCAUAUCUCGUAAAAUACGACUGAACCACAGGCUGUAUUUCAGUUGGUCGACCACCAGAACCCAGGUUGGAGGCCGUCGAUCCUUCGCUAUCGUCGCAGUGCGGCUGUUUCCUCUUUUUUUAACAGUUUAUCAUGCCAACUUGUCUCUGACUUGGCAAUCGGUCGUCGUAAGCUUUCGCAAGUGUUGCGUAUCAUGUCGUCUGUUUCGCGCAAAGUGUGUUAUCGCAGAUACCUGGGACUCUGGCGCACUCAUUGGAAUCCAAGCCGCCCCCUGCUUUGUACUUGUAGUAUAAAAUCCUAGCCAAGUCUUAUUGUAGACAAGAGAGUGUGGUGGUGGUGCGGUUUACACCCUGCCAUUCACCUGCGCACCCUCCCGCCUCCGGUAUUCUUGAUUCUAUCUUGAAAUCGGGUCCACUUGGGGGAAGAGGGAGUGCUGUAGAUGCUGCGCAAGUCACCGUCCCUGCUCUCACCCUGCUGUGGAGCACACGGCGGACAUCACCGGUCACGACGGUAGAACUGCCGUGUGCGUCCAGAGGAGAUUGAUGCAGGUGCAACGGAAGUCAGCUUCAUCAUAAAACAAGUUCGCACGUAAGUCGCCACUGUGUUCACCACAUGGGGAGGAGAGCGAGUCAGUGGUGGACCGCGUCUCUUAGUCACCGAAUUACCAUGUGCGUGCAUGUUGUUCCAAAGCCCAGACUAGGAGCCGUAUUACCUCCCGUAGUCGGAGUCCCCAGCCUUAAAUAGUCUACUGUGUCACCGAAGGAGAGACAAAUUGUUAACUCUUGCCAACAUGAGUGUAUUCGUUUGCCUUUAUCGACUGAUUCAACUCUAAACUGGCAUAUCACUCGUCGCUUUAGCUGCGGUUUCGGUAAGAUGUGGUUAUACAGCCACAUCUGAUGGACACAAUACUGUUAGGUCUUAGGGUUAGGGGUUAGAGCAGCUAUUUCUCAACCGCUCAAAGUACAGCCACGUACUCCCAAUAGCAGGAGGACGGCGUUCCGCUGGUAAAGCAGUCGAUUUAUGGGAAGUAAGUUAAACUGAUAGGCUGGGAGUCCUAAAGACUGCUCGCGACACAAGGUAUCUGUAUCCUCAAAACACUGUCAGAAAGGUUCAUGCCGCCAUGCAAGUUUGAAGAAAAAUUGCACACACGAUGGGUGUCUACUCCAUAGAGCCCAUAUUGUUGCAUUUGGUUUUGUGGCGCCUACAUUGCCGUUAAGACGUCCAUGGACACAAUACUGUUAGGGGUUAAGGUUUUGGGUUAAGGCAGCCACUUUUCAACCACUCAAGGUACAAGCGCGCAUUCUAAAUAGCUUUUAUUUUGCAUAAAAUUACUUGACCUCGUCGCCUGUGCGUUCGCCGGCCCCACCUGUAAAAAACCCUAUCACCACCGGUCCCGUAUUACAGGUGCCUGGGGUUUGUUUACCUGAGGUGCGACUCUACAACCACAUCUGACCGCGUUUUCCAUUUUGAUUGGCUAUGUUGUCCUCCUCUGUUCCGAGGAUCUGUUUAACGGCAUUCUUCCCCCCUCCCCCCCCCCACGUACAACGCUUAACAUUCCAUUAAAGAACCUGACUCGUUUGGACCAGCCCGCACCACUGGCACUGAAAGAGUCGGAGGGCAGUUUUCUGGAGCCUGCACCCCUGACCGGUCCUCAGGCGCCUUUCAACAUGCAGUCCACCGUAAGUUGGUCCCCAUUUUCUGCACUCGUGAACUUGCAUUUUACUCCCAUUAGCCCACUUUGCUGUCUUGGUAGUCUUCUUUUGAGAUUAUCCUGCUGUGUUGUGUCAGUUCGAGAAAGAGCUUUGGAUGGGAUCAUUUGUCCGUCGGCUGCUCCAACCAGGACGUUCGAAUCUUUGUCCUCCGGUCAGCUAUAAACUGGUGCAAUGGAUGGCUCACCGGCCAUCGUGGGGUUCGGGAGAAUUGGCUUCCAACGCUUCCUGCAUUCGAUUGUUGAUAUCUCAGUCUUCCUCCCUAUGACAAACGUGGUGGCGACGGAUGAGGCCGUAUUAGAUGUUUCGCAACGGUCGUCGCAGUUUGUGGCCCCUUCGUAGUGAGCCCUAUUUCCUAGAUCUCUGUGUCCAGCCAUACUGCUGCGUGGUCUUUGAUUGGAGACCGUUUCACCUUCCGUGAUAUAUGAGCACGCCGUGGAACCAGCAGGCAGUCUUCAUCACGGGGAUUCUUGUUGUUCAGGUCAGAAGGGAGUCAUCAUUGGGGGCUUGACGGUCGCGUCACCUGCCCUUCCGUCCACUGGCGGUGGCGGUUGUCAUUUCUCGUAUUCGGCUGAUGAAUCAUCGAAUGCGUUCAUAAGGAACGCUGUCCAUCCGGGUAGAUAGGGGGCCGGAACCAGUUUCACAAUCAGUGUUUUUUGGCAGAAUAAAAUUGCCGACAUAGACAGGGGAGAUUGGGAUGGCCUUUUCUGGCUUAUUAGACAUCGUCAGCUGGUCGUACCCUACCUCGAAGUGUGGAACACCUACGACUCACUUCCACGAACCGUAGAGGGGCGCUCACCGAUCGUUCUACCAUUGUAUAUUCCCGAUCGAAACCGACAAGACGACGAGCUCGUGGCUCAGUGGUUAGAGGCGUUGAACUUCUAAACUAACAGGUCGCGAGUUCGAGGCUCGGGUGUUCCACACUUCGGGCUUGGGUAUGGCUGGCUGACGUCUAAUAAGCUAGAAAUUCGCCGCUAUGCGGCCGCUGGUUGGGCUCGAGAGAGAGAGAGAGCCCCAGGGCACAACGAGACGAGUGACAUCCGCGACAUGAUCGGUGGGCGUAUCUCUGUCAUGAGUGUUUUUGUCAGCUUCGGUGGGGGUAUGUUACGUAACCCCCUCCCCUACCUCCCACCCUGAGUGGACGUCCAGAGCUCUACCUUUUUACCUUAUUUAGCUAGGUGUUAUUCAUAACGGGUUGCCUAGUAAUAGGUCACGAAAGGGGUUGUGCGAAACGCAGAUUAUGACCGGCACUAGCGUUACUGACGUCAAAGUUUCCCUUAUCGGGCUCAAAGUUAGCUUCAGGGUUAGGCUAGGGUUAGUGUUAAGAGCUGGCUUAUUCUUAGGGCCAGGGUUGGCAGGCUUAGGUUGUGGUUUGGAUUUGGGGUUCAAGCCAGGUUUUGGCCUUUUGUUCUAGCGUUGAAGAUUCAGGAUUAUGGCUGGCGUAUCAGGACUAGCGUUAUAAGGCAACUCGUAAAGCUCAGGACCAAACAACCACACCGGACUUAAGAAGGCCGCACGGAGAUAGCCCGACGCUUAGUUUACUCGGUGAGGAAGAAGAAGAACCGCCAGACCACCCGUCCAAUCAGUUCCCCUCGACGGAGUGGUGACUCAUAAAGCGCACAGGCAAAAACGCCCGUCAACCAUUGCCUGAGAGGCCGACGCAGCGUGAGGAGAGAGAAAAAUCGAUCAGCGUGAGGCCGGCCAACACGACUGCCACUUUAAAUUAAAUUUCUGAUCGAUUAAGUGCAUUUUACGCUUUGACAAUGAAGAGCCGACCCAGCUCUCUUAAAUAAACCUCUUCCGGAGAGCCUGUCUUCGUCUUCAAUUAUAAGGCAACUGUUCAAUCUCCAUCCAAAUCUAUCCUAACCACGUCAACGUAACAUGUAGAUAGUCUCUGUAAAUACUGUUUGCUUUCUCGAACUUAGCCCUACGCCCGCAUCUUCACUCAUUUUUAGUUUGAACCAACGCCCCAGCAGUACCCCUGUCCGCCGGCCGGCGCGUCCUCCACCGCGAACGCCUUCAUGUCGGCCCCCAAAAGACCGCUCUUUCCUGCCACCACCUUUCCGCCGACCGCUUUUCCGCCCGAUGGAUCGGCCGUCUUCUCGCCCACAAUACCACCGCCGAUGCCUUUGACUCGGCCAUCACCGUCGCAUUUGGCCACCGCCGCUGGCUACAAGUGGCCGCCGGCCACUUGGCUACAGCCAGGGCUCUCAGUUCAGCCGUGAGUCAUUACGAUUAUUUGUCCCUCGUAUACGACAUCAGGCAUUUUCAUCUAGCUGUGUUCGUGGCUUUGGCGAUGAACCUGAGGCUUUGAGGUCACGAUUCGACAUAAUGUAGAGCUGCACCUUUAAGGUCCACUCUAUGGUGAAUCUGAAAUCAGUAAAUAAACGCGACCUAUCGCACAAUGUUGCCCUAUCAAGAAGAUCAGCCUAGCCAUUGACUCCGCUGUCAGAGGUAGAUGAUUAGUAUGCUUAGCAAUAUGGGCUAGCGGAUGGAGUAAUCUAUCAAAUCUUAGUCGGGAUCGUGGCGUUGAAUAAUGCGGACGGAUCCUAGGGGAACUUUGUGUUGCCUAAUGGCCGGGUUCAUGUUGUAGCGCAUCGGUUCAGCCAGUUGCCUGUACAAACACCCGUCUCGCUGCAGUAUCAACCCCACGUGAAGUAGUUCGGAUCCUGACACACAGUCGCCUCCACGCGUCUAGCCGCCGUACACCCCCUCACACCUCCCGACGUGGAAUCUGUCCCUGCAGGCUUCCUGUCCUUUACGUUCCACGGACAAAAUUCCAACGUUUCAUGUGUUCCUCUAGUUUGACGACUCAUUGUUGGAUUCACGGAACGGCCGAAGCUACCCGAAUAGCGUCUCCCCUUUCUGUGCUAGUCAACCGUAGCUCUACUCUAUAGAUACCCCCGCUCUGAUCGAAGUAUAGUGUUUACUGAGUUCAGUUAGUUAAAGUUACCUUUGUGAAUCAGUAUGCAUAGCUAUUUUGGACAGUAGUCAAACGCUUAUCGCUUUUGUCUGCAUCUCCGCAGAGUAGUCCCUCCGCUUUGCCUGUGGUCGGUCCAUUCGACCACCCGUCAGUCUCUGCCGGUUGGCGAUCUAACAUAUGCCUGCUUCUGUCUUUUUAAGUCCCGGGGUAAUCUCCUCUUUCUGCCUUCAGACCGCAGCCGCCAGUAACGUGGUAUAACGGCGACAUGUUUCUCCCGAACCAAGGCAUGAGUUUCGCGCACAGUUCAACUGCUGACUAUGCCAACCGACCGCAAAUGCUUCCAGUGAGUCCACUUCUCCAAAGAGUCAAUCAUUUUCCUUCCAUAGUAUCCCCUGUUUGGUUCUACCUACCCCAAGUUGUUCGUCUACAACAGGCAUUCUCAUUGGCGAAUUGAGGAAGAUGCCGGUAGACACGAAUGUUCCCACUGGACGAGCAUAUCCUCUAACUUGAUCGGUGACCUGAUCGAUAACGAGUGUACCUAUUAAGUUUUUACCAAACCCGAUGCACCUGUAUUGGGGUCCAUGCAGCUUGGUAUCAAAUUAGAAGGAGUGUUAUCGGUCUGUGGGGUUUAAAGGGUAUGAUAAAGAGAAGAAAACGAAGUGGUGAAGAUAAGUCUGUUUUCUGUAGUUCUUGCAGCCCGGUGAAACGAUUACCGGAUAGGUUAUUUAGCCGCACAAACCUUUCUCGUAGGUUUCCACCUUCUGCUUGCAUGCAGACGAUCAGCUAACUAACUUUUGGCCAUGGCAACCUCAUGGUCUGGGCAGGGUGGUAGUAGUACCCCCUCUUUAGUUUUACUUCCCCCAAGUUGUUGUUCGCCUGCAGACUGCCAGCAGCAGCAACAACUGCAAUGACUGACACGGCGCAUCACUCGUUUCCCUUAACUUUUUUGCAGACAUUCUCAUUGGCAAAUUGAGGAAGAUACCACAGGACAAGCAUAUCUCGUAACCUGGUUGAUAACGAAUGUCCCUACUAAGUUCUCAUUAAAUGCGACUCACUUGUAUCGGGGUGAAUACAGCUUGGUAUCAAAUUAGAUGGAGUGUUAUCGAGCUGUCAAGUCCAGUGGGACGAUAGUGGGAUAAGAAAACGAAGUGACGGCAAUAAGUCGGUUUUCUGUAGUUAUUGCAGCUUGACGGAACGAUGACGGGAUGGGUAAUUUGGUCGCACAAACUCCUCGUAGGUGGCCUUCUUCUGUCUGCAUGUGAACGAUCGACUAACUGCCUUUUGGCCAUGGUAACCUCAGGGUCUGGGCAGAGUUCUCCUGACAGGACCAGAUUACCGUCGCUUCCAUUGCCUUGUUUAAUUUUCGAGGAAAUAAACGCGCGAACUUGGAGUAAAUCCUUCGAAACAGACCUUUACAGGCACGGUCGGAAAUUUUACAUGCACAUUUGAGAUGAAAUAUAUCAGCUACUGCGGAGUAACCGCGUAAUAUUCACAAACCACCAACAGGCAGCCAAUGAUAUAGAAUUGUGUAAUUAUUUACCAUACUGAAAACACAGGUACUUGCUAAAAACUUUUGGCUUGGCAGUCUGCCAAGGCUCGCAGGAAUCGCAGCAAGUUCACUACGGAGGGUCGACUUGAUGAGCGAGUGAGCUUGCUUGGUCAGUUUUUUUUUCUUGGGGUCUUGAGAAUGUCAUCCAUAUAUCGACCUCAGGCCCACCGUCUGUCAGCCUAUGGUUACCCCCCUCUGUCCGCAGAAUCGUCUGACCGUAGACACGCAGCACACAGUUCAAAGAUAGUGUUUUAAGUGGGUUGUCUGGAAUGCCUGUUACUUUCACUUCACACGCCUAUUCUUGGUCUGUUCGUACACGGCUGCAUUUUUUGUGAUCGAUUAAAUAUCCACUGAAAACGCGCGCGCGCGCUGCAAAGAUUUCCUUCUGCUAUGCUAACUUUUCAGUUCUACUCAAACCCGUUCGGAAUUUGCAGAAAUCAUCAUCACCUCCGCCGUCGCCAACACCACCACCACCACCACCACCAUCAUCAUCAUCAUUGUGGUGUAGGUGACCAGUUGACGAAAACAUCUGUGUGCUUCUCUCUUUCAGCCGCGCCAGCCUCCGUUCCAAUGA